GAUACCUUUGCAGGAGUCAUUUGAAUUACCAACCUUGACAAACAAAGUUCGAUCAAAACAAGAAGAAUCGAUUCCGCCGUUAUCAGGAGCUAAAGAUGCCAAGCGCACCAGAAUUUGAAUGCAAGGCAAAGUAUCUAGGCCGCCUAGAAGCUUAUGCCCCAAAAGUUGGAACACUAGAGAAUGCAGCUCGACUUUAUCAGAAAGGUUGUUAUGACAUGGAAAAGAAAGACAGCUUCGUAGUCAAAGUAUCUCCAAAGUGCAUUGCGAUUGAAGAAAAAAAUGGCUUGAUUACAACUUACUAUAUCAAAAGUACUCUUUUCUGUGCCACGUACAAGAAAAUUCCCAAAGUCGUAGUAUUUAAUUACUUGUCUACGAAGGAUCCUAUGCUCAUAGAAUGUCAUGCGUUGUACCUGGACUCAUUUUCUGAAGCACAGGACUUUGUAAGAGCUGUUACUGCAGCGUUUAGCAAAGCUUACAGUACAACAACCAACACUGAACCAGAAAAUAACAAUGAAACAAACUCUGCGAAAAAAUGCCUUGAAGUGAAUGACAUUAACAAACAGACGCCGUGGUUGGGGAAGAUUACCGAUGUUUUCGGAGGAUGGCAUAGAAAGAAAUCUGUACGAGUUCAUUAGACAGCUGAAAAUAGGGUGAAAAUUUGUCUGACAAUUGGAAGCCUCUGAUUGAGGCUUCUACGCUGCCUUUUUUCAGCAAGUUAAGCAUGUAUUUUGGGCAAUGACAAAAUUACGUGGUGAUGAACACAGUAGUUGAUGGUGCAUGUCGACGUCAUUACGGAAGCAACUUAUGUAAGACCGAUAUAUCUUACCUCGAUGGACAAGCCGAUAAAAUGGAAAGCUUAUAAACAAAGAAAUUUUCUAACGACUUAUGACGAACUUGAACUAGAAGUCUUUGAACAUGCACUAGAAUAUUGGAAUGCAGCGAAAAAAUUUAAUCCGAAAACUGAAGUAUUGGACUUUUGUAAAAAUUUGUAAAUGUGGCUUAAGUUAUUAAUUCAUAAACUUUUAGGACAUUGAAAUGGUUUCUUUAUUCAGGAAACAAAAAGUUGAUGCAAAGUCUAAGAGAUUCAUUAUUAUUUCAGAUGUUUUUCUUCCAAAACUUAAGUGUUUUGAAAGUGGACUCGAUGGAGCACGUAGAAGUAUCAUCACAAUGUAAACAAAAAAAAGUCGAGUCAAAACAAGAAACUGCGGUUUCUUGAGCUGAAUUAUCUUUAUUUCCUAAGAAGUUAAAGACUUAUCCAACUAGAGAUAAAAAAGUCGAAUAACUUUGUUUGAAAAAAAACCAAGUAUUAUAUUGUGUCAUAUGUAAAAUUGUAAAUAUGCAAAUUGUGUGAAUAAUAAAAAAAGCGUUUCAAAAAUAAA